AUGGACUCACACGCUGGCUUAGAUGGAGUUCUCCAACCGCAAGUCCUGAAACUGACGUUGAGGACUCUCCCAUCGCCAUUCAUCUCUCUUGUUGUCAUUCCCAUCCUGUCGAUUCUUGGAUGGUACAUUAUCUCGUGGGCUACCAACCCAUUAAAGAAGUACCCGGGCCCCUUCCUUGCAGGUUUUACCAAUUGGUGGCGACUCUACCAGACUCGGACUGGCAGAUACCAUGAGAUCGUCUAUGACCUACACAAGAAAUACGGGCCCAUUGUCCGUAUCGGCCCUAACACUCUCGACCUCGAUUACCCCGAGUUGAUCAAGACCAUCUACAGCACUGAUGGCAAAUGGCUCAAGACCGAGUUUUAUCACAACAACAGCGCCAUCGUCAAUGGGAAGAUCACAUACCAUAUCUUCAGCACUACGAGCCCAACUGAACAUGCCAAGAUGAAGCGUCCAGUGGCCAAGUACUACUCCACGAGCUAUGUUCAGGCUCUGGAGCCCCAUGUUGACGUUGUUCUUAACGACUUCUGCAAGUAUGUCGAGGAGCGCUUUAUCAAUGUUCCCGGUGGACCUAAGGAACUUGACUUUGGCGAAUGGCUCGGAUACCACGCUUGGGACCUCAUCAGCUCUGUGACCUUCAGCCGUCGCUUCGGCUACAUGGAGCACGGUAGUGAUUUCGAUGGGACCAUCGAGAAAGCCGAGGCCGCCCUUCGCUACUUCCAGACAGUCGGUCAGAUUCCCAUCCUUGACUACUUCCUUGACAAGAACCCCAUCAAGCGUGUCGGACCCCCCAACUUGGUCCACCCUGCUCGCAUCGCCGUCCAGUCCUUCGUUGCUCGCCUGCAGGGCAAGGACGAGAACUAUGACCCCAAAAACCCGGAUUACCUCCAGCAUUUCAUCGACUCCAAGGAGUCUCAUCCGGACCUCGUUGAUGACAACCAGAUCAUCAGUGAUGUGCUCGUUAACCUGCUCGCGGGUGCCGAUACUACUGCCAUCGCUCUCCGCGCUGUCUUCUACUACAUGCUCAAGAACCGUUCCGUCUACAACAGAGUGUCCGAGGAGAUCCAGGCCGCUGGUUUCGACCGCUCCAAGCCUGUCCCCUACUCCGGUGCUCGCCAGCUCCCCUACCUUGAAGCUUGCGUUCGCGAAGCUCUCCGUAUUCACCCUGCUGCUGCCAUGCUUCUUGAGCGUUACGUCCCCGCCGGCGGCAUCACGCUCCCGGACGGCUCUUUUGUUCCUGCCGGUACCGCUGUUGGUCUUAACCCCUGGGUCGUUAGCCGUAACAAGAGCAUCUUUGGUGAGGACUCUGAUACUUUCCGUCCUGAGCGUUGGCUGCAGCAGCCUGGCGAAGAUGAUGAGGCAUUCCAUGUUCGCAUGCAGAAAUGGAACGCGGCGGAUUUGACCUUUGGUAAUGGUUCGCGCAUCUGCACUGGCAGGAACUUUGCCAUGUUCGAGCUGUACAAGGUUUGUGCGACGCUCUUGCACAGAUUCGAGAUUGAGUUGGCAGACCCGACCAAGGAAUGGAAGGUCUGGGGUUCUUGGUUUACCAUCCAGAAGGAUGUGAUUGCCAAGAUGAAGGUUAGAGUACUGCGACACAACGAUGAAGUUCGCCUUGGCUGUAACUGCCUUGUUCGCUCUGGGGACGGCAACACCAACACCCACCCGCGACAAACCACCGGCGGGUCAGGCGGCACUGUUACCACGGUCUCGACUUUGGCCCAGUUCACCGCGGCUGUCAGUGAGAAGAACACCGCUCCGGCUAUCGUUGUUGUCGACGGUGUAAUCAACGGCAAUGCGAAGGUCAGAAUCGGCAGCAACAAAACUAUUAUUGGCUUGCCCGGCGCAGGGUUCAGCGGUGUUGGCCUUCAUUUUCGCCGGCAGAGCAACCUAAUCCUUCGAAACAUCGUUUCAUCCUUUGUGGAGGCAGACAACGGGGAUGGUUUAACGAUCGAGAAAAGCAGUAAUGUGUGGGUCGACCACUGCGAGUUCUACUCGACUCUGGCUCGCGAUAAGGACUUUUAUGACGGCCUUGUUGAUAUUUCCCAUGGGUCCGAAUGGGUGACAAUCUCUCACGACAGCAACGGCUCCGAAGAUACCGGGCACCUCCAUGUGACCUAUGCCAACAACUACUGGAAAGAUUGUGGCUCGCGUGGUCCUUUGAUCCGUUUCGGCACCGCCCACAUUUACAACUCCUACUAUGAGAACGAGUACUCGAAGCAAGUAGGGUAUGCGGUCGAGAUUGACAACGACUUUGGAGGAGCAAGCAACACUGCUCCCACUGGUACCAUGACCGCCAGUUCGCCGCCGUACUCAUAUAGCCUUCUUGGAUCUUCGAAUGUGGCAGCUACCGUACCGAAGGAGGUCGGUGCUAUUCUAAGCUUUUAG